UGAAGCAGUCGGUACCGGCAGUGCGCAUCUGCUUUCCACCUCUCUACCUACGUCCAAGAUGAGUUUCCCUAUGAUGGCGAGCUACGCUACACUGUUCGGGCUCUGGACGCUCACUCAGUUCGUUCUGGUGCCUGUUCCCGUCAACCUGAUCGUCACGAGCACCCUCAUCCUGUACAUCGGGAGCCACCGAUCGCUCCGCCUGAGGGACAAGACUAGCGUCGAGGCCUGUGAGUCCGAGACUCUGUCAAAAGAGGCUGCCAUGAAGGCGCCCGUCGUCGGAAGCAUGGUGCUCGUCACCAUAUACUUUUUGUUCAAGUACGUGGACGCCAAGAUUGUAAACAUGCUUCUGUUGGCCUACUUCACCUUCAUCGGGUCUUUCGCGCUAGCGGCCACGGUCGACCCUGUCCUCGUGCAGAUCUUCGGCACCACGGACGCGAAGCGCCACGGCACCAAGUUUGAGCUGCCCUUGAUCGGAGAGGUGGACUUGACCUUCACGGCUACGGAGCUGGUGAGCUUCGUGAUCGGCGUGGCGUUUGCGGCAGCUUACGCGAAGACCAGGCACUGGGCGCUCAACAACAUCUUCGGCAUGACCUUCUGCGUGCAGGCGAUGGAGCGCGUGUCGCUGGGGUCUGUAAAGGUGGCAGGCAUUCUGCUGGUGGGGCUCUUCAUUUACGACAUCACCUGGGUGUACGGGGGCCCCGUGAUGGAGUCGGUGGCGAAGAGCGUCCAAGGGCCGAUCAAGAUCUUGUUCGUGAGCGCGUGGGCCAACCCGGACGCCGACCCCCCCGUCAAGCUCACCACCAGCCUGCUAGGUCUCGGCGACAUCGUCGUGCCGGGCCUGUUCUCGGCCCUGCUGAUCAGGUUCGACGCUGUGAGGGCGAACGCGGACCCUUCCCACGCGGAGCACGGCAGCUUCCCGAAGCCGUACUUCCACGCGUGCCUCGUUGCGUACAUGGGCGGGUUGGCAGCGACCGUGACGGUGAUGUUCUACUUCAAGGCGGCGCAGCCGGCUCUCUUCUACCUCGUCCCGGCGUGCCUCGGGGCCACCGGCGUCACUGCUCUGUGGCGCAGAGAGGUGAAGGCUCUCCUGGCGUACGACGAAGACACGGAGGAGGGCGACGGGGAAGAACAAGACGCCGCUGACAAAAAGGACAAGUAAACCGGACGGCGGACUCAAGAAAAGCGCUCUUGAGCGAUGGAUGGACACCAUAUUGUACUGCUGCGAAGCGAACAGCCAGAAUGGCGAACAGCCGAAACAGCCUCGCGGGAGGAUAGCAUAGAGAGAAGAUAGGCUUUAAAGCAGGACCCGUGGAUAUCGCGGAGAGAAAUAUCGUCCUCGGCUUUUUGAGCAGAGCGACUGGUGUACCCGGUAACCAACCGGAAAGGGUAGUUCGAUCAAGUUAGAUUUGAUACGGUUGUUUGACCAGCCACACGAACCGAUUGCUGAAAUCAUGAAAAACGAAUGUGUAUCAUAGCCGGGGGGGGUGGGGAAAGAAGGCGUUCACACGUAUCGAUGCGCUAACCCUCCGCAAUGCCAGUGGUACAUUGUGCGAUGUUCCAAGCCUUGUCGCGGUUUGGCUUGCGGCUUGCGUGUUGUGGGAGAGAGAUAUUUGUUUUCGAAGAUCGACCCGAUCGCG